CACACACAGAUACACCCGGACACAGAGAGAGGGAGACAGACAGACAGACACCAAGAGAGGCAUGGCACAGAGAGUCACCCACAGUCACAGCCUGUUUCCUUCUGGCCAGGCUGGGAGGACCAGGGAUGUACUGGUCAAGUCAGCGUCAGCCUAUGCGGACCUGCAGUGGGAGCAGCAGCCCAGGCAGGAUGGGAGCCACCCACCUCAGGACUACCCUCACAGGGACCAGCCCCCCGUGGCUGGCUAUGUCCCCCAGCCAGAUUAUGUGGAGGGAGAUGAUGAUCUCAUCAAGCCCAAAAAGCUCCUUAAUCCAGUGAAAGCCUCCAAAAGCCACCAGGAGCUCCACCGAGAGCUGCUCAUGAGCCAGAAACGGAGUGGCGGUGUUGGGAUGGAGUCUAAGCCGGAGCUGCAGCGUGUCUUGGAUGCCAGGAAGAGGGAACAGAUCAUCAAGCAGAGGAAGGAGGAAGAUGAGGCCAGAAAGAAAAUCUCCCCUCUGGAACAAGAGCUCCUCAAGAGGAAGGAGAAGCUAGAAGAGCUGGAGAAGGAGCAGGGAAAAAAACAGGAGACCGUGAGAGCCCCAGAGUUUGUCAAGGUCAAGGAGAACUUGAGACGGACGUCCUUUCACAAUAAUGGAGAGAAAGAGGUGUAGGGACAAACCGGUCCAAGUAUACCGUUGAGUUAGAAUCUGCUGGAGUUUGUACACUUGUGUGUAUUAUGCGCGUGAGUGGACACAGAACUGCUGUGUUGUGUUGCUCUGACUGCACAACUCAAGACAACAGCAAGGAACUUCUACCUACAAGGACUGGUUGGCAAGCCAUGACACAAUGCCUUCACUAACCCACUCAGAGCGGAGACACAGCGGGAGAGACAGAGAGAGACAGAGAAGGAAGGUUGACUCUGCAAUGGGCUACUGUUACAGGGAUAGGUCAAACUGUGUCUGUGAUAUCUCAAUCCAGAGUAACUGACAUGAGAGUGUUAGGGUCAAAAAGGACAACAUGGACUCGGGGGUAGACGUAACAUAGUAAACGUAAUUCCGGGGCACUCCAAAUAGUAUGAUAUGUUACGUUUCGUAUGGUAUGAAUUAAUUUGUGGAUGUCCAUCAUCCAUUUCGUAUGAUUAUUACGAAUGACAAUUCAUACGAUAUGUUACGGAUUGCAAUUUGUACAAUAUGCUAAGAAUUUGCUAAACAUAUGACAUGAUACGAAUUCCAAUUUGUUGUCGCUAACGUUAGCUAGGUGGCUAGCGUUAACUAGACUAACGGUUAGGGUUAGGGGUUAAGGAUAAGCUUAGGA